UCUUGUGAGCAGUGAGGAGUCUUAAACACAAGAGAGGAUCUCAUGGGAUAGAUCAUAGCUAACUAUUUAUAAAUAACAAACAAAUUACUCCUAGCAAAAUCAUACUGGGUGCGGUAGGCAUUGACUUGUUGGGGAACACUCUUGUGAGUAUAUGGAGGAGUCUUAAACGCAAGAGAGGACCUCAUGGAGGUCUAUGUACGGAAUAGAUCAUAGUUGACUACUGUAUGUAGUAGUAAUGAACAAAUAACUCUUAGAGUUCUCUUACAGGGUGCAGAAGGCAUUGACUUGUUGGGGAACAGGAAUAGGUCCAUUAAAAUGCAGGUCUUCGGGAGGAAAAGUGAUGAUCCGUGGAAAGUCUACGAGGAGGAAAUACCCAGCCGCAGUCUCCGUUAUAAGGGCCUGGGGGUCAACUUGCAAGAUGAACUGAGACUAGAGCAUCUGCAGCUGCUGUGGCAACGCUUCAGUCGACCUUUGACCUGCGCCACGGACACAGGAGCACCAGUUAGGACCACCAGGUCACAUGGCGAGCCAGUGACCCCACAUCCCGAGCCUCCCAGAGGGGCAGCGAAGCGGGGCGCUGGCCAGGGAAGAUCUCCGGGGGGUUCUAUGGGGCUCGAGGAGUUCCGUGCCGUGUUGAGAACCUUACCGGGCUCAGAGGCUUGGGUCAGUGAGAUGGAGGAGCUCUUUGAUGAGGUGGAUACGUCCUGCGAGGGACGGAUCGGCUGGGAGCAGUUCUGCUCCUACAUCCUCCAGGGCGCCCUCCAGAGGCCAACUGAGGGACAGGCCGGAGGGGACGCGCUGACCUCCCAGCCUGUCAUACGCCACUGCCCGCACAACAAGCAAGAGCCAGUAAUCCGUGUGGUGCAUGUGAGUCAGCCUCCACCCCUGCGCUUCAUCACCAUCAGCAAGGGUGGGGUUCUCUCCGUCUGGAACAGACACCUCCACCUCAUCAGCUCAUUGGAGCUCGUCGGGGACCCCAUUGAGGGGGGCCACAUGCGUGGGAAGUUCAAAGGCUGGACCACCGAUGCCGUCUUCUUGCCCAACGUUCACAAAAUGGCGGUCGCUACUUUGGGAAGGGAGCUCCGCUUCUUUGACAUUUCGACGAGCAACUACACCGAAGAGUUACACUUGUUUGGUUUGAGCAAUGCCGUCACAUCAAUGUGUUACUGGUAUGACACCAAGUCUCCAGCAGAUCGCUCAGUGUUGCUGUGGGGGGACGAGAAGGGCUUUGUCCACCUGCUCUGGUUCCUCCAGCCCCUCAAAGGCCUGUUUGAGAUCCCAUUCAGCAACCAGAAAGGCCCUCACAGGCUCUACCUGCCGGACCUGUGUCCAAACAGCCCUCUGGUCACCUAUCAGCAGCUUUCCAGAGUUCACCAAGAGCCAAUCAACAGGAUCAAGUAUGAAUCCCAAGGGGAACUCAUUAUGACAUCAUCAGAAAGCGCCACUAGUUCAGUGGUCAUCAUGGACCUGAAUAUGAGAAGGAAAAGCUACAUUUGGAAAAUCAACAAGGGAGUGACCAGCUUUGACUUCUGUCCUGCCCUGAGUCUGCUGGUGACGUGUGGGCUGGACCCGGCUGUGCGUCUGUGGAACCGCUACGUCCCGUCCCGGCCGGUGGCCACCCUCCUCGGCCACAACACCACGGUGCUGGACGUGGCCGUCCACCAGAGGCUGAACUUCAUCUUCAGCUACUCCAGAGAUGCGGUGCUGAAGAUCUGGGACAUUCCGUCGCAGCGCUGUGUGCGGACGCUGCAGCUGAGGUUCCCGUGCGUGAAGGCCGGCCUGAGCCCCGAGUACGGUCACUUCCCCUUCCUGCUGCACCACGCCGCCCAGCCCUCCGCCAGCAUGCUGCUGCUCACCUGCAAGGACUACCUGGCAUGCUUGCACCUGCAGGGCAAAAGCACCGACGACACACCUGCCUCUGUCACCUGCGCUGUCUACAACCCCCACCUGGGACAGGUGGUCACAGCCCGUGCCGACUCCUCAUUGGCUGUGUGGGACGUGGCGACGGGCCGCAGGACUCUGGAGGUGCGGCACGCCCACGGAGAGGAGGAGAUCACCUGUGUGGCCCUGCACCACACGCACAGACACCUGCUCACCGGCGCCUCCAACGGGACCAUCAAGAUGUGGGAUCUUCUGAAUGGGCACAACUUACACAAGAUGGAGGCCGUUUCUGAUACAGAGGUGACUGGCAUCAUCUGUUUCCCUGGCAACCGCCUCCUGGCAGUGGGCUGGAGCCAACAGAUUGCCAAGUACAUCAUCGCAGACCCGAAUGACGUGUAUGUGAGAGCGGACGUGUCGUGGAAGUCGGGCCGUCAGCACAGGGAUGAUGUUCUGGCCGCGGCCCACUGUCCGGCGCGGAAGCUACUGGCCACCGGCAGCUUCGAUGGCGAGGUGAUCAUCUGGACCCUGGACACAGAGAGGCCACUGGCCAGACUACACAGUGACCAAGGCCAAGCCCCAGUGGACGCACUGCUGUUCCUGCAGGGCAGAGCCCAGAGUGGGCCGUGGGGGGGACGACCUCUGCUGCUCAGCUCCCAAGCUGGACACGUGUGCUGGUGGAGCACCACUGGACCACCACACUGCCACGGGCGGUUCUAUGCACCCCAGCAAGCUGGUGAGUGUGUGCUGGCUCUCAGCUCCAGUCAGGACGACCGGCUUCUGCUGACCGGGGACACGGCCGGGCUCCUGCAGGUGUGGGACGUCUCCCAGUACUGCCUGGACCACACUGACCCCGGGCCCACAGACGAGAGACCCCCGCUGCUGCACUGCUUGAGGGCUCAUGACGGCCCGCUGGUGUGGGUGGAGUUUGUGGAGCCCCGCCCCCCCGGGGUCCUGCACAUGCUCAGUGUCUCGGCCGACGGCGCGGCGCGACUCUGGACCGGACGUGGGGACGCCGUGGGCACCUUUGGGCAGGAGGGGGGGUGGACACUCGGGGAUGUGUCCACUUAUCAGUGCUCCAGAGAGGACUGGAGUAAACAAGUCAGUGGAGCCAGUUUGAAUGAGGAAGAGGAGGAGGGGGAGGAAGAGGAGUUGGGAGACAGCCAAUCAGUGGGGAGGACGGAUGGGCCAGAGGCCAGUGUUCAGGUCCAAAGGGCUGCCAUGACUGACCAGGCACAGAGGCUGGACCAGGAGCGGAGAUCUCAGAAUGCAACAGUGGAGGGAAAGGUCCCAGACGCAGGGAAGCUUCCCACGGGCCUAGACAUCUCGGUUCAAAGUCACUUGGAAUUUAAGGAUCGUUGCAUAAGUCCUGCUGCACAAGACCCACUCAAGGUCUCCCCGGUCUCUCAUGUGGUUGGGCAGCUCCAGAGGAGGAUGGCCUCCUGGCAGACCCGGCGCCAGACCUUUGGACGCAUCGACCCCAAGAAGCUCUCCCUGAUUGACAACAUCUGCGCCCCCUUCCAGGCUCUCAUCAUGCCAGAGAUGUCCCCAGUGAGCGAAGCUCCACGGCGACCGGAGAUGCUGGACGAGGUGCUUCGGUUCUCCCGGUUCUCUAGCGGGUUCUCCAGGAGCACGACCCUGAGCUCCCCUCUCCUGUCCAGCUGCAGCCCAGAGACCACGUCUGCCCAGGAGCACGACCCUGAGCUCCCCUCUCCUGUCCAGCUGCAGCCCAGAGACCACGUCUGCCCAGGAGCACGACCCUGAGCUCCCCUCUCCUGUCCAGCUGCAGCCCAGAGACCACGUCUGCCCAGGAGCACGACCCUGAGCUCCCCUCUCCUGUCCAGCUGCAGCCCAGAGACCACGUCUGCCCAGGAGCACGACCCUGAGCUCCCCUCUCCUGUCCAGCUGCAGCCCAGAGACCACGUCUGCCCAGGAGCACGACCCUGAGCUCCCCUCUCCUGUCCAGCUGCAGCCCAGAGACCACGUCUGCCCAGGAGCACGACCCUGAGCUCCCCUCUCCUGUCCAGCUGCAGCCCAGAGACCACGUCUGCCCAGGAGCGGACCUCCGUCAUAGAGCCCACCGACAGCCACA